AUGAAACUGUACGAGCGGCUGGUCGACUCAAAAUUGAGCGAAUUGGUCCCAAUCUCGCACGAGCAGUUCGGCUUCGUGCCUGAAAGCUCUACAACGGAUGCCACCUUCGUAGCGAAACCAGUUAUGAAGGAGUAUCGAGAAAAGCGUGUACCUCGCUACCUAGCCUUCCUCGACCUGGAGAAGGCAUUCGACCGUCUCCUGUGA